AUGGGUACUUGCUUCAGCAACGAUCCGAUUAUCCCUCCGCCGAAUCAGAUCGUAAUCGUAAUCAGUGGUCCAAGCGGAGUAGGGAAAGACGCGGUGAUCAAUAAGCUUCGAGAGGUUCGUGAAGGUCUUCAUUUCGUCGUUACCGCAACUAGCCGUCCGAUGCGAGUCGGUGAAGUCGAAGGUAAAGACUAUUUCUUUGUCUCGAGAGACAAAUUCUUGUCAAUGGUUGAGAACGACGAGCUUCUUGAAUACGCACUUGUUUACGGCGAAUACAAAGGGAUUCCAAAGAAGCAGAUUCAGGAGUUUAUGUCUAAAGGGGAAGAUAUUGUUCUUAGAGUUGAUAUUCAAGGAGCUCAGACGUUGAGGAGGAUACUUGGUAACUCUGCUGUGUUUAUAUUCCUUGUGGCGGAGAGUGAGAUUGCGAUGGUUGAGAGGUUGAUUGAUCGGAAAACGGAGAGUCAGGAGGAGUUGCUUGUUAGAGUUGCGACGGCGAGAGAAGAGGUUAGGCAUCUGAAGAACUUUGAUUACGUUGUGGUGAAUGCGAAAGGGAAGCUUGAUGAUGCGGUUAAUCGCGUGGAAUCUAUUAUCGAAGCUGAGAAAUCUAGAGUUCAUCAACGGAUUGUGAGGAUUUGA